ACAAAAGUUUUAGUUCCAACUGGGAGAGCUAGCAUGGCAAGUUCGCGCUGCUUUGAGAACCCGCCGGUGCUGGAGCCGGCCAGCGGAGGAGGCGAGGUGGUUGACGACUUCGGCGGGCAGAAGGCCUACGUCAGCGGCUCCGCCGGGUCCAAGGCCGCCGUCGUCCUCAUCUCCGACGCCUUCGGGUUCGAAGCGCCAAACCUGAGGAAGAUAGCCGACAAAGUUGCUUCGCUCGGUUACUUCGUUGUGGUGCCCGAUUUCCUGCAUGGGGAUCCAUAUGACCCCAGCAAUAAUGCCCAUAGCAAUCCUGGAACGUGGAUACAGUCGCACAAUCCGCAAACGGCAUUCGAAGAGGCAAAACCGGUAAUUGCGGCUAUAAAGGAGAAGGGUGUGUCGAGCAUCGGAGCUGCAGGUUACUGUUGGGGCGCAAAGGUGGUUGUGGAACUGGCGAAAGUUCACGAGAUCCAGGCUGCUGUGUUGGCACACCCUUCUUUACUAACUGUCGAUGAUAUGAAAGAUGUCAAGUGCCCCAUUUCCAUACUUGGAGCUGAAAUCGACAGGUCAGCCCCGCCUGAAUUGCUAAAGCAGUUUGAGCAAGUUCUUUCAGCGAACCCCGAGGUCGAUCACUUUGUCAAGGUUUUUCCUGGCGUAGCGCAUGGAUGGGCUGUGAGGUACAGCGACGACGACGCAGCGGCUGUCACGAGUGCGGAGGAAGCUUUGCGCGACAUGAGCCACUGGUUCAACAAGUACCUGAACUGAAUUAUGUGGCGGCAUAUGUGCGUGCAAUAAGCUCCUAAUGGUGAACAUUAUGCAGGGCCCCCAUGCUAUGCGUGUGUUUUAAAAGUCCUCUUAGUGGUGGUAUUUGUACUGGUCUCUUACGCAAUUUUUAUAACAUUUAUCGAGAAUAAAGUGAUGACACGGUGAA